AUGAUCUCCGAAGAAACAUAUCAAAUCCAUCGAAUCAUUAUUUAUUGUAUCGUUUUAUUUUUUGAAAUUUUUGGCUUAUUUGGAAAUUUGAAUCUGAUCGUUUUGACAAUUCGGAAGAAGUCUUUGAGAACCAAAUACGGAUACAUUUUAUGCACUCUAGCUACAAUUCACACUUUAUGCUUACUUUAUGAAUUGGUUUGUAUGGGUUUUGGUGUUGCAGCCACAUUCUAUUCCUACGACAUCCGGAGGAAAACUUGUUUCCUUGCCAUCUUCCCAUAUGUAUUUUUGAAUUCAAUGCAAACUGGUACCAUAUGGGUUUUAGCCUUGAAUCUACUGAUCACAAUUAUAUUUCCGUUGAAAAGUCGGAAAUUCAAUGUUCCUAUAUAUUUUUCAUUUUUGUUCUUUUUGCCUGUUUUUUAUGGGUCGGUUACUGUAAUCUUUGGAUUCAUUUAUUUGGAGGAUGAUGCGAUUUCGAUCAUCGCUGGAAUCACGACAUACUCCCAAAAUGCCUAUGUCUGCUACUUUCGGAGCUCCGAGUACCGAACAUUGCUCAGUGAACAGAUUUCCAUGAUUCAUCCAAAACUCGGAGCAAUGUUGCCAAAGUUAUCCGCACAAUCAAGUGUCAAUGGGCAACAAUGGAUUGUUUCUGGUGUUUCAAUCAUUACAACGAAUCCAUUGAAACCUCAGAAAAGGGCACACUUAAAAUAA